GGCAAACGAAUCUUCAUCAAGGACAUGGCCUACUACCUCAUGGCCCCAGACAACAAGCCUACCAAGGUUGCACCGUCUCUGGGCGAGGAAGAGCCCGGCAACCCAACGGUUCUGCCACUAGAGGUCCUGAAGCAAUUCCAAUUCACCUUCCUCAUCCGCCACCCUCGCCGAGCUAUCCCCUCAUACUACCGUUGCACGGUGCCGCCUCUGGAUGAAGUCACUGGCUUUUAUGACUUCAUGCCCAAUGAGGCCGGUUAUAAGGAGCUCGUGCGUUUCUUUGAUUUCCUGAUCAAGGAGAACAUCGUCGAUAAGGACAACCUCGUUGUUAUCGACGCUGAUGAUCUUCUCGAUAACCCCGAGAAGACCAUUCGUCUCUACUGCGAGAAGACGGGCAUUGACUUCAAGCCCGAGAUGCUCGAGUGGAACGACGAAGAUUGCAACUAUGCGACCAUUGCCUUCCAGAAAUGGAAUGGCUGGCACAACGAUGCUAUCAAGAGCUCGGCUCUGAGGCCUCGUACUCAUCACCAGACGAUGACCACCGAGUCUGAAGAUAAGGAAUGGACCGCCAAGUAUGGUCCUGAGGCGCAAAAGGUUAUCCGCAAGACGGUCGAGGACAACGUAGCCGAUUACGAGUACCUGAAGCAGUUUGCGCUACCUAUUUAA